AUGAAUGAAGAGGCCGUCUUUCAGUAUAUAGAGCAGUAUGCUCUGUCUGAAGAACUUGAAGAAAAAGCCGCACAGCCAGAUUCUGGAAUCGUAGAUCUUCCUGUGGUUUCUUUAGCUCAGAAUCCAGAUGUUCUCAUCUUCGAUGUGAGAAAUAUCCGAAUUCUCAGAGAGAAGUAUGGGAUUUUGGGAGUAUUGACAGGAACUUUGGCCCAAUAUCCUCAGCAAAACUUCUUUCUUUCCGUGCCUUUAAAGUUGUUCAUUUGGGAAGUGAUAUGGUUGGUGGAAUCUGGAAAAGCCAGACUUGUAGAUCAAGCUAGAUACAGAAUAGAGAAAGCUAGACGAUUGGCGGAAGGAGGCAGAAUUGAAAACGACAACAGGGUUCUCUUAUCCAAGAACGAAAAACAUGACAAUCUGAAGAAUACUCAGGAGAAUAGGGAGCCAAAUUUUGUUGUCACUAAAAAUACGGAUACUUCAAAAAAAUGUGAAGAUUUUAUUGCAGAAUAUGAAAUACCCUUGAGAGACUAUUUGAAUGCGUAUAUAAAAAGUUCAUCGCUAAAAAUUGAGGAUAUCCUUUCUCGUUACCACAAUUUCAAGUACUUGAAGGAAAUGGGCUUUUUUAUGAAUCCAGGGCUUAAAUUUGGUGGAGACUUGGUGAUUUAUCCGGGAGAUCCUCUAAGAUUCCAUUCAUAUUCCAUUGUUAAAUUUAACAUGGUGGAUCUUCAAGAUUUGGUCGUAGGAGGAAGAUUGGCAACUAGUGUGAAGAAGAAUAUUAUCAUUUUGGGUGAUGAGGAGAAUUCUUCAAACGAUCUUAAUGACAAUAUAGAAGCUUGUCUCAAUCGACCUCCCCAAAAAGUAGCAUUUUCCAUUGAAUGGGCUGGCUUCGGUUGA